AUGACGCCUUUGUUUUCGAAGACCCUGCUGGGAAUAGCGGCCCACGCGUUCGUCCUGGUCUAUGCUCAAGACGACGCGCCUGGAUUUGAUGUGCUUGAUUAUGUUGAUCCUCUAAUUGGGACGGCGCAUGGAGGCCACUCCUUCGCGGGUGCGACUCUACCUUUUGGCAUGGCCAAAGCGGUCGCAGACACCGACAGUGAGAACCAAGGCGGCUUUGCCUCGGACGGGUCCACCAUCAUUGGGUUUUCCCACAUGCAUGAUUCAGGGACCGGUGGUUCUGCAUCGAUGGGGAACUUCCCUCUUUUCGUGCACCCUAGCUGUCCUGGCGACAAGGUCGACAAUUGUAAAUGGCAACAGACCGAUCGAGCCAUUAAGUGGGAUCGGAAAUCCCCCAAAGCCCGCCCAGGCUAUUUCAGCAUCGCGCUAGACAAUGGGCUCCAGGCCGAGAUGACCGUGACCAACCGCUCGGCUCUUUACCGCUUCACUUUUGACGAUGCCACAGACGCUCUCAACCCGGUCAUCCUGGUGGAUCUCAUGGAUCUGCCGAAGUCCCGCUCGCAGGGCGCGGUGGCUGUGGAUCCGUCGACGGGCCGAUUUACCGCGAACGGGACCUUCAGCCCCAGCUUCGGCACGGGUACGUACAAGUCGUACUUCUGCGCGGAUUUCAAAGGCGCCAAGGUCCGCGACGUGGGCACGUGGGACAAAGAUGGGCCGACACUCAAGCAAACAACGACAAAGAUUGACGGUUCCGCGGUGUCGCGGUCAGCUGGGGCAUUCGUCCAGCUGAACGCGCCGGCGAAGGGGAAGCCUAUCUUGGCGCGUGUCGGGGUGAGCCUCGUGAGCGAGAAGCAGGCAUGCUCGAAUGCGGAGAAAGAGCAGCCUGAGUUUGAUUUUGAUGGCACCGUGGGCGCAGCAGAAAAGGCCUGGCGCGAGAAACUAAGCCCAGUCAGCGUCGACGCCAGCGGUGUGUCCUCUGACCUGCAGACGGUGUUCUGGAGCGGUCUGUAUCGUACGAUGAUCAGCCCGCAGGACUACACGGGCGAGAACCCCUUGUGGAAGAGUGACGAGCCGUACUACGACAGUUUCUACUGCAUUUGGGACUCCUAUCGCGGCGUCCAUCAGCUGUUGACCCUGGUGGAUCCGCUAUCCCAAUCCCUGAUGAUCCGCGCGUUGGUCGACAUCUACCGCCACGAGGGUUACCUUCCAGACUGCCGCAUGUCGCUAUGCAAGGGCAACACGCAAGGCGGGUCGAAUGCGGAUGUUCUGAUCGCGGAGGCGUACCUCAAGAAGGUCAUCAACGUCGACUGGGACACGGCAUACGAGGCCGUGGUGAAGGAUGCCGAGGUUGAACCUUCGAACUGGGACGUCGAAGGUCGCGGCGGCUUGCGCAGUUGGAAGUCGCUUGGGUAUAUCCCGAUCCACGACAACGACUUGGUGGGCCGGGGUACGCGCACACGCAGUGUGUCGCGGACGGUGGAGUAUGCUUAUAAUGAUUUCUGCAUUGCCGAGAUGGCCAAGCGCAUGGGCCACACGGAGGAUUAUAAGAAGUAUACAGAACGAUCGCACAACUGGAAGAAUCUGUUUAAGAAGGAUCAGAAAUCGGCGAUCAAGGGGGUAGACACGAACUUUACGGGCUUCCUCCAGCCGCGGAAUGCGAACGGGUCAUGGGCGUACCAGGACCCUAUCUUCUGCAGCCCGCUUGAGUCGUUCACUUCGUGUUACUUGAAUCCUCAGGGGCACGAGACCUACGCCCCCCAAGACAUGGGCGCACUAAUCAAAACCCUCGGCGGCGCGGACUCAUUCACAUCCCGCCUAACCUUCCUGCACGAGUCCGGCCUCCUUUACGUCGGCGACGAACAAGCCUUCCUAACAACAUUCCAAUUCCACUACGCGGGACGGCCCGCUCUCUCCGCGAAGCAGACGCACUCCUACAUCCCCUCGCAAUUCAACACCUCCGUCUCCGGAAUCCCAGGCAACGACGACGGCGGCGCAAUGGGGUCCUUCGCAGUGCUAAGCAUGAUGGGCCUGUACCCUGUCCACGGACAAGACGUUUACCUGAUCACAGCGCCGUUCUUCAAGGAAGUCAGCGUGCGCAAUAAGAUCACGGGCAAGGUGGCUACUAUCCGGAAUGUGAACUUCGAUCCGAGCUAUAAGAAGAUCUAUAUUCAGAGCGUGAAGAGGGAUGGGAAGCCGUGGACAAAGAAUUGGAUUGGACAUGACUUUUUCGAGAAGGGUGGUGUGUUGGAGGUGGCGGUCGGUGGGGAGGAGAGUGCGUGGGGGACGAAGACGGGGGAUUUGCCGCCGAGUCUGAGUGAAUAUGAGUAG